ACCCCAGAGGCUCAAAGUGCCUGGUGGUGGUUCCCUGUGAGUGACACAUACGCACUAGCAGGGACAGAGAGGCCCAUUUUCAGAGAGAGCUGGCCUCUGAGGGGAGGGUGUCAGCAGGUCCAAUCCAGUUCUGAGCAGCUGUAGCUACCAAACGUGAGGCCAGGAUAAAGCCUCCCCACCACCAGGGCCCAGCCUUGGACAGACUGGCAUCCAAGCUACGGGACAGUCUGGCAUUAUCUCGGCUCCACUGUGGCAGCGCUGCUCAAGCCCGAGCCUCAGGUCCCCCGAAGGUGGCUUGAGGGUUGGGCACCAUGCUGCUUCUGGCCUUCCUCUUUGGGAUGCUGUGGGUGCUAGCUAAUGGGCAGUGGUGUGAACACACAGAAAUCAUCUACGUGGAGGAGGAAGUAGUAACCUCCCAUCAGGAGGACCUGGUGCCCUGCACCAGCCUCUACCAUUACAGCCUCCUAGGCUGGCGUCUGAACACACCUUGGAGUGGCCAUGCAGGGCUCACCAGGUCCCCAGAACCUAGGCUCUGCCCCAUCUACAAACCCCCCAAGACCCAGCCUGUCACCUGGAACCGGACAGUGAGGGCUUGCUGCCCAGGCUGGGGGGGCACACAGUGCACUGAUGCCCUUGCUGAAGCCAGCCCUGAUGGCCAGUGCUUUUCCAGGUGGCAGUGCCAGCCUCUGGCAGGCUCAGCUAAUACUUCUUCAGGAAGCCUGGAAGAGUGCUGUGCCCAGCCCUGGGGACGCAGCUGGUGGAACAGCAGCUCCCAGGUCUGCCUCAGUUGCUCCAACAGACACCUUCCAGGGGAUGCUUCCUCUGCAGCCCUCCUACAGCCCCUGGCAGGAGCUGUGGGCCAGCUCUGGAGGCAGCACCAGCGACCCGCAGCCACUUGCGCCACCUGGUCAGGCUUCCACUACCGCACAUUUGACGGAUGCCACUACCACUUCCUGGGCCACUGCACCUACCUGCUGGAGGGUGCUGCUGAUUCCACUUGGGCUGUCCACUUGGGGCCCCAAGGCCACUGCUCCCAGCCUGGGCACUGCCAGCUGGUCCGUGUGAUGAUGGACUCCGAGGAUGUGCUCAUCCAGGGCAGUGCAGUCUCUGUGAGGGGGCAGCUGAUAGCUGAGGGGGAGUCACAACUGCUCCAUGGGCUGAUCCUGCAGUGGCAAGGGGACUGGCUGGUGCUGUCCGGGGGUCCAGGGGUUGUUGUGAGGCUGGACAGGUCCAGUUUGGUCUUGGUCUCCAUGGACCAAGAGCUCCAGGAACAGACGCAGGGCCUCUGUGGACUCUACAAUGGCCGGCCAGAGGAUGACUUCAUGGAGCCAGGCGGCAGGCUGGCUGUGCUGGCUGCCACCUUUGGGAAUUUCUGGAAGCUCCCUGACUCUGAGCCUGGGUGUCUGGAUGCAGUGGAGGCAGCCCAGGGCUGUGAAGGCCCUGUGGAGGGUGCAGAGGCAGGCAUGGAGGCUGGCCAGCUACAGGCUGAGGUCCAGGAUGUGUGCCACCAGCUGCUGGAGGGUCCAUUCAGGCAAUGCCAUGCUCAGGUUCCCCCUGAUGAGUACCACAAGGCCUGCCUCUUUGCCUACUGCACAGGAGCUGCGGUGGGCCAUGGUCAAGAGGGCCGGCGGGAGGCUGUGGGUGCCACCUUUGCCAACUUUGUCCAGGCCUGUGCCAGGCAGCACAUCCAUGUGCACUGGAGGAAGCCCAGCUUCUGUGAGCGCCUGUGCCCGCGAGGCCAGCUCUGCUCUGACUGUAUCUCGUCCUGCCCAGCCAGCUGCUCUGCGGUGGGCCAGGAUGAGGAAGGGCCCUGCGGGGAGGAGUGUGUGAGUGGCUGUGGGUGCCCACCUGGGCUCUUCUGGGAUGGCACCCACUGUGUGCCUGCUGCCUACUGCCCCUGCUACCAUCGGCGCCAGCGCUAUGCCCCUGGUGACACUGUGCACCAGCAGUGCAACCCAUGUGUGUGCCAGGAUGGCCGCUGGCAUUGUGUCCAGGCCCCAUGCCCCACUGAGUGUGCAGUGGGUGGUGAUGGGCACCUCACUUUUGAUGGACGGAGCUUCUCCUUCUGGGGUGGAUCAGGCUGCCGUUAUAUCCUGGUGCAGGACCACAUGUGGAAGCAGCUUCUGAUGGUGCUGGAGCAUGGGGCCUGUGACUCUGGGAGCUGCCUCCAUGCCCUCUCUAUCUCCCUAGAGGACACCCAAAUCCAACUCAGGGACUCAGGAGCGGUGCUGCUGGAUGUGCAGGAUGUGGGCUUACCCUGGACUGGCACUGCUGGCCUCAUUGUCUCCCGAGCCUCCUCCUCCUUCCUGCUGCUAAGUUGGCCUGGGGCUUGGGUCCUCUGGGGAGUGGCCUACCCUGCAGUCUACAUCACCCUGGAUCCCCGCCACGCCCACCAGGUACAAGGUCUAUGUGGCACCUUCACCUGGAACCAGCAGGAUGACUUCCUGAUGCCAGCUGGGGAUGUGGAGACCAGCAUUGCUGCUUUUGCUAGCAAGUUCCAGGUGGCAGACAGUGGCAGGUGCUCUCCAGAGGACAGUGCCCUGCUCUACCCCUGCAGCACCCACUCCCAGCACCUUGCUUUCGCGGAGGCAGCCUGUGCCAUCCUGUACAGCCCAGUCUUCCAGGCAUGCCAUGUGGUGGACAGGGAGCCCUUCCAGCUGCGCUGCUUGGCAGCUAUGUGUGGCUGUGCCCCUGGAAGGGACUGCCUAUGCCCAGUGCUCUCUGCCUAUGCACGCCGCUGUGCCCAGGAGGGUGCCCUGCUGCUUUGGAGGAGCCAGACCCUUUGCUCUGUCCCUUGUCCUGGUGGCCAGGAGUACCAGGAGUGUGCCCCAGCAUGUGGCCACCACUGUGGGGAGCCAGAAGAUUGUGACAAGCUAGGCAGCUGUGCGGCUGGUUGUAACUGCCCCCCAGGGCUGCUGUGGGACCCUGAGGGCCAGUGUGUGCCCCCCAGCUUGUGCAUCUGCCAGCUUGGAACCCGUCGCUACACCCUUGGCAGUGUCACACAGGAGGACUGCAACCACUGCAUCUGCCAGGAGAGGGGCCUCUGGAACUGCAUGGCUGACCACUGUCCUGAAGCAGGCCUCUGUCCCCAGGAGCUUGUCUAUGCCCCCAGCACCUGCCUCCUCACCUGCAACAGCCCUAAUGUCAACCAAUCCUGCCUGACAGGCAGUUCUGAUGGCUGUGUCUGUCCCCCUGGCACUGUGUUGCUGGAUGAACACUGUGUACCUCCUGACCUCUGUCCCUGCCGUCACAGUGGGCAGUGGUACCCACCUCAUGCCACCAUCCAGGAGGACUGCAACAUUUGUGUGUGCCAGGGCCAGCAAUGGCACUGCACAGGCCAGCGGUGCAGCGGGUGGUGCCAGGCAUCAGGCGCCCCCCACUAUGUGACAUUUGACGGGCUGUCCCUCACCUUCCCUGGGGCCUGUGAGUACCUGUUGGUACGAGAGACUGGUGGCCACUUCAGCAUCUCAGCUCAGAACCUGCUCUGCGGGGCCAGCAACCUCACCUGCACCAAGGCGCUGACCGUGCGUGUGGAGAGCACCGUUGUGCACAUGCUCAGAGGCCAGGCAGUGACAGUGAAUGGGGUGAGGGUAAGACUCCCCAAGGUCUACACAGGCCCUGGCUUCAGCCUGCGUCAUGCUGGCCUCUUCCUGCUGCUGACAACUCACCUGGGCCUCACCCUGCUCUGGGACAGAGGUACUCGGGUACUGGUCCAGCUGUACCCCCACUUCCAAGGUCGUGUGGCUGGCCUGUGUGGAGACUUUGAUGGCAACACCAGCAAUGAUCUGCGGAGCCGCCAAGGUGUCCUGGAGCCCACGGCUGAGCUGGCAGCCCACUCCUGGCGCCUUAAUCCCCUGUGCUCAGAGCCAGGAGAGCUGCCACAUCCCUGUGCCGUGAAUGCCCACCGGGCAGCCUGGGCCCGGGCCCCCUGUGGGGUGAUGCUAUAGCCGCUGUUCGCCCCAUGCCACGCAGAGGUGCCCCCACAGCAGCACUACGAGUGGUGUGUGUACGACGCCUGCAGCUGUGAUUCGGGGGGUGACUGUGAGUGCCUCUGCUCAGCCAUUGCCACCUAUGCAGAUGAGUGCGCCUGACACAGACACCACGUGCGUUGGCGCAGCCAGGAGCUCUGCCCCCUGCAGUGUGAAGGGGGACAGGUAUACGAGGCCUGUGGCCCCGCAUGUCCUCCCACCUGCCACGACCACCAAGCUGAACCUAGAUGGCACUGCCAGGCUGUCACCUGUGUGGAAGGCUGCUUCUGCCCUGUGGGGACUCUGCUGCACGGAGGAGCCUGUGUGGAGCCAGCUGCCUGCCCCUGUGAGUGGGGUGGCAACUUCUUCCCACCAGGGACAGUGCUGCAGAAGGACUGUGGGAACUGCACAUGCCAGCACAGUCAGUGGCACUGCGGGGGUGACAGUGCCCCCUGUGAGGAGCUGGUGCCUGGCUGUGCAGAAGGAGAGGCCCCAUGCCAGGAGAGUGGGCACUGUGUGCCACAUGAGUGGCUUUGUGACAACCAGGAUGACUGCGGCGAUGGCUCAGAUGAGGAGGGUUGUGCCAACCCAGGCUGUGGGCAGGGCCACAUGUCUUGCCACUCUGGCCACUGUGUGCCCCUGGCCUUGCUCUGUGAUGGCCAGGAUGACUGUGGUGAUAGCACGGAUGAACAGGGCUGCCAGUGCCCCUCUGACUCACUGGCCUGCACUGAUGGGCGCUGCCUGCCCCUUGCCCUGCUGUGUGACGGGCACCCUGACUGUCUGGACGCUGCCGAUGAGGAGUCCUGUCUGGGGCAGGUGAAGUGUGACCCUGGGGAGGAAUCCUGCAUCGAUGGUACCUGUGUGGACGCCUUCCAGCUGUGUGAUGGAGUCUGGGACUGCCCAGAUGGGGCCGAUGAGGGCCCUGGACACUGACUGCUGCCCUCUCUGCCCACACCCCCUGCUGGCACAACACCUGCCCCCUCCAUGGGCUCCCUGGAAGGUGCACCAAGUCCCCUGGGUAGUGCCAGCCCUGAGUUCAAGUGCAGCAGUGGCGAGUGCACCCCACGUGGCUGGCGCUGUGACCAGGAGGAGGACUGCACGGAUGGCAGCGAUGAGCUGGGAUGCACGUGGCCUUGUGCGCCACACCUCGUGCCCUGUGCCUGUGUCAGUGUGCACUGUGUGUCCCCUGGGCAGUUGUGCGAUGGCGAGCCGCAGUGCCCGGAUGGCUGGGAUGAGAGUUCCGAGGCCUGUGAGGCGCUGCCCGCCCCAGCAGGUCACAACAGAACAGGGUUCCCCUGCCCAGAAUACUCAUGCCCUAAUGGCAUCUGCAUUGGCUUCCAGAGGGUGUGUGAUGGGCAGCCUGACUGCAAGGUGGUCCUGAAGGAUUCGGGGCCCUCUCCUGAGGAGCAGGCUUGUGGGGCCUGGAGCUCCUGGAACCUGUGGGAGCCAUGCAGCCAGACCUGCGGGGCUGGGGUGCAUAGCCGAAGUCGCCGCUGCUCCCCACCUGGGCUCCCGGUGCUGCAGCAUUGCCCAGGCCCCGAGCAUCAAUCUCAGGCCUGCUUUGCCGAGGCCUGCCCAGUGGACGGUGAAUGGGGCUCCUGGUCUCCCUGGUCUCCAUGCUCUGAGCAGUGUGGAGGCACCAUGACGCGGCAAAGGCAGUGCCACCCUCCCCAGAAUGGGGGCCAGGCCUGUGCCCUGCUGCCUGGGGACCCUCCCAGCAUCCUGGAGACCAAGCCUUGCCCUCAGGAUGGCUGCCCCAAUGCCACCUGCUCUGGGGAGCUGGUGUUCUGGCCCUGUGCCCCCUGCCCUUUGACCUGUGAUGAUGUCUCUGGCCAGGCUGUAUGCCCACCUGAGCAGCCCUGCAGCAGCCCAGGCUGCUGGUGCCCUAAAGGGCAGGUGCUAGGCAAUGAAGAACAGUGUGUGUGGCCCUGGCAGUGCCCCUGCCUGGUGGCUGGUGCCCGCUACUGGCCUGGGCAGCGAAUCAAGGUUGACUGCCAGCUCUGUGUCUGCCAGGAUGGGCGGCCCCGGCGCUGCCGACCCAACCCAGACUGCGCUGUGAACUGUGGCUGGUCCUCCUGGUCCCCCUGGUCUGAGCGCCUGGGCCCCUGUGGGAGCCAGAGCAUCCAGUGGUCCUUCCGGAGCCCCAACAACCCCCGCCAGGCUGGCAGAGGUCGCCAGUGCAGAGGCAUCCACCAUAAGGCCCGAAGGUGCCAGACGGAGCCGUGCCGGGGCUACAAGCAGCAGGGCCACAUGUGGUAAGUGGGGGAGCGCUGGCGCAGGGGCCCCUGCAUUGUGUGCCAGUGUCUGGACCUCAGCACCGUGCGCUGCUCCCCCUACUGCCCUCUAGGCAGCUGCCCCCAGGGCUUUGUCCUGGUGGAGGGAGCAGGAGAAUCAUGUUGCCACUGUGCCCUGCCUGGAGAGAACCAGACAGUGCGCCUUAUGGCCACUCCAGUCCCGGCUCCAGACUCCAGCCCUCAGAUGGGGCCCUCUCUGGUCACCUACAUUCUGCCCCCACUGGGAGAUUCCUGCUCUUAACCCCUGGGCCUGGCCCGACCACCCAAGGGCAUCCUGCAGGCAUCACCCCUGCAGCUGGAGCACCCCACCCAUGCGGCUCUCCUGGGGGUCCCCACUGAGGCCUCUGGCCCAGAAGAGGAUGCUCAUGCCGAGUGGCACUCCCAGCCUCCCUACCUGCAGGUGGACCUACUGUGGCCCCGGAACCUCUCUGGCAUCGUGGUGCAAGAGACUCGUUCCUCUGAUGCUAAUGUCCCCAGUUUCUCCUUCCAGUUCAGCAGCGAUGGUCUACACUGGCAUGACUAUCGUGACAUCCUGCCUGGCACUCUGCCCCUACCCAAGCCUUUCCCUGGGAGCCAGGCCAAUGUGGCCCCUAAGGGAUGGAUAUUUGGCCGGCUGGUCCAGGCAAGAUACAUGAGGGUCUGGCCACAUACUACCUACCGCAGUGAGGGCCACAGCAUCUUCCAGUGGGCAGAGCUGCUGGGCUGUGGGCCAGUGUCCCUGAUGGCAUCCCAGUGCCCAGGAUCCGGGCUCCGCUGUGCCAGCGGGAAGUGUGCCCCAAGUGGGGCCCCAUGCGAUGGAGCUGCAGACUGCGAGGACAGCUCUGAUGAGGAGGGCUGUGGGCCCUCACCCGUGGGGACUGGCGGAGUCCAUCCCACAGCCAGGACCAUAGCCCUCUCUUCCACCCAGGCCUGGGAGGCUUCGGCAGAGACUGGAUAUUGGCAUGCCAAGCAGAGGUCCCCCACACCUCCUGAAGAAGAGAGGCCAGAGAGUCCUGUUGAAGCCUCUGAGUCUCCCCACCUGCAUUCUGGGGAACCCAUGCAGACCAUGGCCACUGCAUCUACACGCCACCUUGGGGCCAUAAGCCUGCAGCCAGGAAUAGCAGCUGUGACCAUGCUCCCCCCACAUCCACUGAUGCCGGUGACUCCUGCUGGCCACAGCGUCGCCCCCAAGCCCUUCCCACCUGUGAGGUGUAGCCCUGGGCAGGUGGCCUGCAAGGUGCUAGGCUGUGUGGAAAGGGCACAGCUCUGCGAUGGGAAGGAGGACUGCCUGGAUAGCUCUGAUGAGUGGCACUGUGUGAGCACAGAGCUCUUCACGGUGCCCACCACAGUGCUGCCUGGGCUGCCGGCCUCAAGGGCCCUCUGCUCCCUGAGCCAGCUGCACUGUGGCAGUGGGGAGUGUCUGCCAGCUGAGCAGAGGUGCGACCUGCACCCAGACUGCCAGGAUGGCUCAGACGAGGAUGGCUGUGUGGACUGCACCUCACCUUGGUCUGGCUGGAGUGGCUGCAGCCGCAGCUGUGGCCUGGGCCUCUCCUUCCAGCACCGGAAGCAGCUGCGUCCUCCCUUGCCUAUGGGCAGCUGCUUGAUGGACCAGUUGCGCAGCCAGCCCUGCUUUGUGCAGGCCUGCCCAGUGGCUGGAGCGUGGGCAGAGUGGGAGAUGUGGAGCCCCUGCAGCGUCUCCUGUGGGGGUGGCCACCGGAGCCGCCAAAGGAGCUGUGUGGACCCCCCACCCAAGAAUGGUGGUGCCCCCUGCCCUGGGACGUCCCAGGAGAUGGUGCCCUGCGGCUUGCAGCCCUGUACAGGUGACACAGACUGUGAGCAGAGCCAUGUGUAUGUGAAUGCAGAGCUGUGCCAGGAGGGGCUGGUGCCCCUGUGUCCACCCUCCUGCCUGGAUUCCGAGGCCAACAGGAGCUGCACUGGACAGUGUGUGGAGGGAUGCCGCUGUCCCCCGGGGCUCCUCCUCUAUGACUCUCACUGCCUGUCUCUCUCUGAGUGCCCUUGCCUUGUGGGUGAAGAGCUGAGGCAGCCAGGGUCAUCCUUCCUGAUGGACAACUGCAGCCGCUGCAUAUGUGAGAAGGGUGCAUUGCAGUGUGAACCAAGUGACUGCCCCCAGCCUUGCGGCUGGUCAGCCUGGUCCCCCUGGGCUCUCUGUGACCAAUCCUGUGGCCCUGGAAUGAAGGCCAGGUUCAGGUCUCCCUCCAACCCUCCUGCUGCUUUCGGAGGAGCCCCCUGUGAGGGUGACAGUCAGGAGCUGCAGGCCUGCCACACAGUGAGGAAUUGGGCUGGACACUCUGGACACCCUGGUCCCCCUGCUCACAGAGCUGCCUUGUCCCUGGAGGGAGCCCUGGAUGGCAACGACGUUUCCGGUUCUGCCUCAGCCCCAGGGACACCUGCCAAGGAGAGGCGAGCCAGGAGGAGCCCUGCAGCCCCCCACUGUGCCCAGCACUGCGUUUGGCGCUGUCAGCCUGGCUGCUACUGUUCCCUGGGCCAAGUGUUGAGUGCUGAUGGAACCAUCUGUGUGCAGCCUGGUCACUGUGGCUGCCUGGACCUGCUGACUGGGGAGUGGUACCAUCCAGGCACCCAGCUAGCCAGGCCUGAUGGCUGCAACCACUGCACCUGCUUGGAGGGGAGGCUCAAUUGCACAGACCUGCCCUGUCCAGUGCCCGGAAGCUGGUGCCCAUGGUCAAAGUGGACAGCAUGCUCCCAACCCUGCAGAGGGCAGGCAAGGAGCCGCAGCAGAGCCUGUGCCUGUCCCACCCCUCAGCACGGUGGUGCCCCAUGCCCUGGGGAGACCGGAGCCCAGCAUCAGAGGGAACCCUGCCCCAGCUCCACCGCAUGCCCAGUGGGUGGAGGCUGGAGUCCUUGACCAUGGUCUUCCUGCGACAUGUGCCUGGGGCAGUCCCACUGGAGGCGAGUGUGCACCCAGCCACCCAGUUCUGAGGGAGGCAGGCCGUGCCCUGGGGCCCAUGAGCAGAGUCACCCAUGUCAGAACAAUUCCACAAAGUGCACAGACUGUGGAGGUGGUCAGGAUCUACUGCCCUGUGGACAGCCUUGCCCCCGCUCCUGCCAGGAUUUGUCCCCUGGGAGUGUGUGUCAGCCAGGUCCAAUGGGCUGCCAGCCCAGCUGCAGAUGUCCCCUAGGCCAGCUCGCCCAGGACGGGUUCUGUGUACUCCCAGCCCACUGCCGCUGCCAAUAUCAGCCUGGAGCCAUGGGAGUCCCUGAGAACUACAGCCGGUCAGUAGGAUCUGGGCUCAGCUCCUGGGAGAGUCUGGAACCUGGAGAGGUGGUGACUGGGCUAUGUGACAACUGCACCUGUGUGGCAGGCAUCCUGAAGUGCCAGGAGUUACCCAGCUGCCCUGGCGCUGGCGUGUGGGGGUCCUGGGGCCCCUGGGAGGACUGCAGUGUUUCUUGUGGGGGAGGGGAGCAGCUGCGCUCCUGGCUCUGCCCCCCACCCCCCUGCGCUGGACUGGCCCGGCAGAGCUGUACCUGCCACACCCAGGUCUGCAGAGAGGUAGGCUGCCCAGCUGGCUGUCUGUACUGUGAGUGCCAACCCACUGAGGGAUGCCUCUUCUCCUGUGCCCAUGUCAUGGGCCAGGUGGCCUGCUUCUGCAGUGGCUGCGAGGAGGGCUGCCACUGUCCCAAGGGUACCUUCCAGCACCGCUCAGCCUGUGUCCAGGAGUGCCCCUGUGUGCUGACAGCUGUGGUGCUCCAGGAGCUGGGAGCCACCAGCACUGAGCCUGGGACAUCCCCAUCCUCUCUGGGAGAGGAGAGUCAGCACUUUGGGCAUGGAGAUGAGUUGGGCCCAGGCCAGAUGUUUCAAACCGGCUGCAGCAACUGCUCCUGCAUGCACGGGAGGCUGUCCUGCUCCAUGGACAACUGCUCCCAGACUAGGGGCGGCUUCAGUCCCUGGGGCCCAUGGGGCCCAUGGGGCCCAUGCCCCCACUCCUGUGGCCAGCUGGGCACCCGCACCCACACCUGCUAGUGUGUGCACCCCACACCUGCUCCCGGUGACCAGGGCUGCCUGGGGCCCCAACAGGACCUGGAGGACUGCCCUAGCCCAGACUGCCCUGGGGCUGAAGGGUCCACAGUGGAACCAGUGACAACCCUUACAGGUGGCUGGGGCCCAUGGUCACUGUGGUCCCCCUGCUCCCGCAGCUGCACAGACCCUGCUCACCCUGCACGGCGCAGCCACAUGCGUCCAUGCCUGGCUAACUGUACAGUGGGGGAGCCGGCGCAGAAGCGUCCCUGCAACCUACCCUCCUGUACAGAGACGCCUCUGUGCCCCGACCCUGGCUGUGGGAACUGUUCCUGGACCUCCUGGGCCCCGUGGGAGCCAUGCUCCCGCAGUUGCGGGGUGGGCCAGCAGCGUCGCCUAAGAGCAUACCGUCCUCCGGGGCCCGGAGGACAUUGGUGCUCAGAUAUCUUUACUGCUUACCAGGAGCGCCGCUUCUGCAACCUGUGUGCUUGCCCAGUGCCAGGGGGAUGGUCACGCUGGAGCCCCUGGUCUUGGUGUGACCGGAGCUGUGGAGGGGGCCGAUCGCUGAGGAGCCGGAGCUACUCGAGCCCCCCACCCAAAAAUGGGGGUGACCCCUGUGUCAGAGAGAGGCACCACUCCCGGGUCUGCAAUCCCAUGCCCUGUGAGGAAGACUGCCCAGCAGGGAUGGAGCUGGUCAACUGUGCCAACCACUGUCCCUGCCGCUGCUCAGACCUACAGGAUGGAGUGGUGUGUGAGGACCACCAGGCCUGCCAGCAAGGCUGCCGGUGCCCUGAGGGGUCUCUGGAGCAGGACGGCAGCUGCGUGCCACUUGGGUGCUGUGAGUGCACAGAUGCCCAAGGCCACAGCUGGGCCCCAGGGAGCUGGCACCAAGAUGCCUGCAACAACUGCUCCUGCCGGGCUGGACACCUCUCCUGCACAACCUUGCCCUGCCCAACACCUACCCACUGUGCCUGGAGCCCCUGGUCAGCCUGGAGUCCCUGCAGCUACUCGUGUGGGCCCAGGGGACAGCAGAGCCACUUCCAGUCCUCCGCAUCCAGCUCAUGGGCCCCGGAAUGCCGAGAGGAGCAGUCCCAGAGCCAGCCAUGCCCACAGACCCCAUGCCCACCCCUGUGCCUACAGGGUGCCCAGCCCUGCAGCCUGGGGGACAGCUGGCUGCAGGGAGAGUGUCAGCAGUGCUCCUGCACCCCGGAAGGUGUGAUCUGUGACAACGCCGAGUGUUCAGUGCCCAGUGGCUGGAUGCUGUGGUCUCCUUGGUCUGACUGCUCUGUCUCCUGUGGAAGUGGACACCAGGUCCGCACCCGGACCUGCAUGGUGGUAGCCCCUCACCACAAGGGGCCACCCUGCUUGGGCUCUGACACCCAGACUCAGCACUGCGUGCAGCAGCAGUGUCUGCAGUUGCUGGACAUCUGCUCCUGGGGCCCAUGGGGUCCCUGUUCUCACACCUGCGGCCUGGGCCUCACAUCCCGCUCUGGGUCCUGCCCCUGCCUGGUAGCCAAGGCUGACCCCACGUGCAACAGCAAUUUCACACAUCUGGACACCCAAGCCUGUUACCCAGGGCCCUGCCUGGAGGAGUGUGUGUGGAGUGGCUGGAACAGCUGCACACGCUGCUCCCGCCAGGUGCCUGUCCAGCAGCGCUAUCACCACCAGCGACCAGCACCUGGCUGAGCUACUGAGGGGCCCUGCACACGGCUGGAUGGCCACUUCCGGCCGUGCCCCAUUGGCAACUGCUCAGAGCAGAGCUGCACACCUCCCUUUGAGCUCCAGGCCAGCGGCUCUGCCUGUGCAGGGCUCUGUGCCACACACAAGAGCCUUCAGCUCUGCCAGGACCUGCCUCCUUGCCAGCCUGGCUGCUACUGUCACAAGGGGCUGCUGGAACAGGCAAGGGGCUGUGUCCCCCCAGAGCAGUGUAACUGCCAGCACACCUCAAGAGAGGGAGGAGGGGUCACCCUGGCCCCCAGAGAACAUCUGCAGCUGGGCUGUAAGGAAUGUGAGUGCCAACUCGGAGAGCUGCGAUGCAUGAGCCAGGGCUGUGGAGGUCUUCUGUCUCUGAGCGACUGGUCUGAGUGGUCACCCUGUGGGCCCUGCUUGCCCCGAAACAUCUUGGCCCCUGCCUCCAGGGCCACACUGGAGGAGCUCUGGCCUCUGGACACAGCAGGCUUCUCUCCAACCUCAGCCCCACUGCUGGCUUUAGAGCAAUAUCGCCACCGCCUCUGUCUGGACCCUGAAACCAGGUGGCCCUGGGCUGGAGACCCUCGUCUGUGCACUGCACCCCUCAGCCAGCAAUGCCUCUGCCCUGACCCUGAAGCCUGCCCUGAUCCAUGCCAGUGGAGUCCUUGGGGACUCUGGAGCCCCUGCCAGGUGACCUGCAAUGGGGGAUUCCAGCUGCGCUGGAGAAAGGUGGAGUCCUCUUCAAGAGCUUGCCAGGGAGCAAGGGCUCAGACCAAGAGCUGCAAUGUGGGGUCCUGCCCAGGAGAGAGCUGUGAGACCCAGGGCACUGUGCUCACCCUUGACUGUGCCAACCAGUGCCCUUGAAGCUGUAUCGACCUCUGGGACCAUGUUCAGUGUCUACAGGGACCCUGUCGCCUAGGCUGCCGCUGUCCCCCAGGCCAGCUGGUACAGGAUGGGCGCUGCGUGCCCAUCUCCUCCUGCCACUGUGGCCUCCCCAGUGCCAAUGCUCCAUGGGAGCUGGCUCCAGCCCAAGUGGUGCAGCUGGAUUGCCACAACUGCGCCUGCAUCAAUGGGUCUCUGGCAUGCCCACACCUUGAGUGCCCACUCCUGGGACCUUGGUCGGCCUGGAGCAGGUGCUCAGCUGUGUGUGGUGGGGGCAUCUCAAAACACCACCGGAGCUGCAAGGGACAUCCUGGGGCAGCACCAGGCCAGGCCCAGGACACGGAGCAACAGCAAGAGUGUAACCUGCAGCCCUGUCCUGAGUGCCCUCCUGGGCAAGUGCUUAGCACCUGUGCCACCUCCUGCCCAAGGCUCUGCUCACACCUGCACCCUGGCACUAUCUGUGUGCGGGAACCCUGCCAGCCUGGCUAUGGCCGCCCUGAAGGGCAGCUGCUGUACAAUGGCAUGUGUGUGCCCUCUGCCGCUUGCCCCUGCACCCAGCGCUCCCUGCCCUGGAGGCUCAGCCUGAGCCCUGAAGAGCUGGCUCAGGAGCUGCCCCCAGGGACCACGUUCACCCAGAACUGUACCCAUUGUGUCUGCCAAGGUGGCACCUUCAGCUGCUCCCUCACUGACUGCCCAGAGUGUCCCUCUGGGGAAAGGUGGCACCAGGUGGCCCUGGGGAAGCUGGGACCCUGCGAGCAGACAUGCCGGGAGACAAAUGUCACAGAGGCUCAGAGCAACUGCAGUGUGGUGCAGGCCCCGGGCUGUGUGUGCCAGCAAGGACACUUCUGCAGCCAGGCAGGCCGCUGCGUCCCCGCAGAGCACUGCGAGUGCUGGCACCUCGGGCGUCCUCACCUGCCUGGGUCCAAAUGGCAGGAGGGCUGUGACAGCUGCCACUGCCUAGGAGGGACUAGUGUCUGCACCCAGCUCUGCCCUCGACUCACCUGUGCUCAGGGUGAGGUCCUGGUGCAGAAGCCAGAAAGCUGUUGUCCCACUUGCCACCGGGAGACUCUCGAGGAGCAGCCAGCCUCCUGCCAGCACCUCACUGAGCUUCGCAACCUUACCAAGGGGCCCUGCCACCUGGACCAGGUAGAAGUGAGCUACUGCAGUGGGCACUGCCCAUCCAGCACCAACGUCAUGGCUGAGGAGCCCUACCUGCAGAGCCAGUGCGACUGCUGCAGCUACCGCCUAGACCCCGACAGCCCGGUAAGGAUCCUGCACCUGCGCUGUCCCGAAGGCCACACCGAGCCAGCGGUGCUGCCCGUGAUCCACAGCUGCCAGUGCAGUGCCUGCCAAGGAGGCGAUUUCUCAAAGUGCUGACAGGCUCUGCUGGGUGUGACCAUUGCUGUCCUUCUGUGUCCAUAGGGCUCCUCACACUGAUCAGCUCCUUCAGUACUCACCCACCUGUCCCAGACCUGAAAUCCAUGCCUGACAUUAGCAUGUCCCAAAUAAAGUAACUGCAGCCACUCCACGUGUAGAG